AAGUAAAAAAGUGGAAAUGCGUUUUAAGAUUCCCUUUUUACCCCGAAAUGAACGACUUCGAUUGGCUGAGUUCCGCUGUUUGCGUAAAAAAUCCCGAAACGUAAGGACUAAGAAGUACAAGAUCAAGAUAGACAUUUUCAAGGGAGGAAGUCUUGUCAGCAAAUUUGCCUUUAGGACACCGCCUUUUGUUCACGCUGAAUAUGAUGUGUUUGACGUCAGUCGCGCACUGACCCCUUGGAUCAACGGUUACCAUGGUAACGUCACGAUAAACAUUAAACUUCCAUUGAAAUAUACCAAAACACUUUCUAAAAACAAGUCAAAGAAAGCUGAUUCAUUAAUCGUCUUUUACCUGGAAGAUGAUGAAUUCCUGAAAAAUAUGUAUGAAAGUUACACAGCGGAAGAACGUGCGUCUAAGACGUCAAGUGACGUUAUGUCACGUGGGAAGAGGGCGUCACGUGGCAAGAAUCGACGUCAUCGAAAGAACAGGAGAUGGAACAAAGCAGGAAAGCGAGAGGGCUGUCAUGUGUACGACUUUGACGUUGACUUCAACACUAUCGGAUGGGGACAGUGGAUCAUUCAUCCAAAACGUUUCAAUUCCAAAGUCUGUUACGGCAGCUGUCCCUCCCCCAUCGACAUCCGCUACAAGCCCACCAACCACGCGAUGUUGCAGUCACUGAUGAGAACCAAACGGUCAAACUCUGCACCCGUCCCCUGUUGUGUUCCUACCAAGUUAAAAGCACUGAGCAUGUUAUACUUCGAAUAUGACGAAAUUGUGGUACGUCACCACGAAGACAUGAUUGCUGAUGAGUGUGGUUGUCGAUGACAUCAUCAUCUUUGUGACGUCAUUUUAUUCUACAGCAUGAGGCUAUGUGCAACAAAAUACAAUUCUACGGAAGCUGAUCUGUGAUGACAAUUCUAUGGUGCUAUAUUGUAGAAGCCUGAUUAUAUUGUGUUUCUUUGGGAAUUUAUACUGUAAUAUAUGUGAUGUAAACAAUGAAA